GCUCGUUCUCUCGCUCGCUCCCUCCCGCGGGGCUUCGGCGACGGCGUCGGCGGCACGGGCAGGUCCGCCCGGGCCCCGGUCCCAUUUGUUGCUCGGAGCGGCCGCUGCGUGCGGAAGCUCCGGAGAGCCCGGCGGGGCAGCCGCGCAGCCACGAAGCAGCAGCCGUGGGACCGGCAGCCCCGCGCCCCCUUUGGCACCGUGCCCUUCCCCGGGGCGCCCCCCUUUCUCGGGAUGGGAUUGUAGCGGCGGCACGGACUCGGCGGGGAUCGCGGUGGAGACGGUGGCGGCGGCCGAGCGGGACUCCAUGUUUUCCCCCGACCCGGAGGAACCGUGCGCCCCCAAUAAGGAGGCGGUGAAAUACGGGGAGCUGGUGGUCCUGGGGUACAAUGGUGCUUUACCUAACGGAGACAGGGGGCGCCGGAAGAGCAGAUUCGCCCUCUACAAGCGGCCCAAGGCGAAUGGUGUCAAGCCCAGCACGGUGCACGUAAUAUCCACACCCCAGGCGUCCAAGGCUAUCAGCAGCAAAAGUCAGCACAGCAUAUCCUACACGCUGUCGAGGAAUCAGACUGUGGUGGUGGAGUACACACAUGACAAAGAUAUGGACAUGUUUCAGGUGGGCAGAUCCACGGAGAGCCCCAUCGACUUCGUGGUCACCGACACCAUCUCGGGCGGACAGGGCAACGAGGAGGCCCAGAUCACCCAGAGCACCAUCUCCAGGUUCGCCUGCAGGAUCGUGUGCAACAGGAAUGAGCCGUACACAGCACGCAUCUUCGCAGCCGGCUUCGACUCCUCCAGAAACAUCUUCCUUGGAGAAAAGGCCGCCAAGUGGAAGAACCCCGACGGGCACAUGGAUGGGCUCACCACCAACGGUGUGCUAGUGAUGCACCCACGAGGGGGCUUCACGGAGGAGUCGCAGCCCGGUGCCUGGCGUGAGAUCUCCGUGUGCGGGGAUGUGUACACCCUGAGGGAAACCAGGUCUGCGCAGCAGCGGGGGAAGCUGGUGGAGAACGAAACCAACGUGCUGCAGGACGGCUCGCUCAUCGACCUGUGCGGAGCCACGCUGCUCUGGCGCACCGCCGACGGCCUCUUCCACACGCCCACGCAGAAGCACAUCGAGGCGCUGCGGCAGGAGAUCAACGCGGCGCGGCCGCAGUGCCCCGUGGGCCUCAACACCCUGGCCUUCCCCAGCAUCAGCCGGAAGGAGGUGGUGGAGGAGAAGCAGCCCUGGGCCUACCUCAGCUGCGGCCACGUGCACGGCUACCACAACUGGGGCCACCGCAGCAACGACGCCGAGGCCAACAAGAGGGAGUGUCCCAUGUGCCGAACUGUGGGCCCCUAUGUCCCGCUGUGGCUCGGCUGCGAGGCGGGGUUUUACGUGGACGCGGGGCCUCCCACGCACGCGUUCACGCCCUGCGGACAUGUGUGCUCCGAAAAGUCGGCGAAGUACUGGUCCCAGAUCCCCCUGCCCCACGGGACGCACGCAUUUCACGCUGCCUGCCCCUUUUGCGCCACACAGCUGGUGGGGGAGCAGAACUGCAUCAAGUUGAUUUUCCAAGGUCCCGUGGACUAACCCCACCCCCCCCGGGGCCCCCCCAAGGCCGGCCACAACUUGAUUAACAAGUUACUGUGAAGAUUUUGCCAUUAACUCCAGAUCUAACUUUUUUUUUUUUAAUGCUGUUUAUGGAGAGGAGGGGUGGGGACAGGGCACAGGGGUUGGGACUCACGGGGCAUCAGCAAUGGGACAAGGGUGCAGCACCUCUGGGCAGCGUGUUGCAUGCUCACAGCAUCAGGUCUGCCCCUGACAUCUGCUUGAUCCAGCCCUAGCCUCUGUGUACGAAUUGGAUUUGAGAUGCCAUGAUUUGAUUUUUGACAUUGGGUGGUUGUUAUUUUUCCUUUUUGAACUUGGACAGGCCUUUGCACCGUGUUCCAUAUGUGUAGGAGUGUCCUCCCAGGUUGUUGGCACUCAGUGUGCACCCCACCAUGCUCCCUGGUACAGGCAUUGCCCCAAGGCCCAGGGGGCAGCGCCUAAGGUGUGAGCAUGGAAUGGGGGCCCUGAGGCAUGGCGGGGUGUUCUGCAACUGGGGGCUGCUUUUCUGACCUAUAUUUUUCUCUUUUUGCAGGGGGGACUAUUCACAUGUUAUAUAUAUAUAUUUUUCAACUCCAGUGGAAUUUAUACAUUCAUUCUGAUACUUGGCACUGCAAACAAAGAAUUUUCUUUUGUUUGAGGGUCUGCUUUUUUCGUUGUUGUCAGUUUCUAUCUCAUGUAGUUUGUCUCUGUAGUCAUCUUGCAUGGCCAACAACCAUUUCAUGAAUGAACAUACCACAGUUCCUGAAGCUUGGUUAGUAGAGUGUGUCCCCCACUGGGGGCACCACCUCAAAUGCUGCACUGUCAGACUCAUUUGCUCACUCAGCUGUGUCAUUUGCGAGACAAGUAAGCUUCUGCUUUGGAAACCACUUGUUGGGGGUCUCAUAAGAUUUUCUUUUCUUCUCCCUUAAGAACGCCAGGAAUUCCCAGAGCCUCAAAGCAACAAGUCACCAGGAUAAUCAUUUCUGUUCACUCACUUGGCACCAUCUGUCACCUUCCACUGCAGCUUAAGGAGCUCUGGAAGUUCUGAAAAUGUUUACAAAUCAAACUCGAUUUGAAUGCGAUCAUUUGACAUACACAGCCCCAGGUGGUGCAUCUGCAGAGAUCAUCCAAAAUUUCUGAUUUUGAGAGAGCAAAUGAGUGUUUACUGGGGAGUAAUUCAAUCAGACUUUCAUACGAGCCCUCCAUCCCUUCCUGGUAGCUCUGCUCCUUUUGAUGAAUAAUUUUUGAUGCUCAUUUCUCUCUGUGCUGGGGACCAGUAGCAUCACUGCUCCCAGAGUAGAGACCCUUUAAGACACGGGCUGCUCGGGAAUGGCCAAGGUAAAAUAGGUCCCUGGCACGCAGGGCAAGUGUUUAUUUAAGCUGACAGCCUCUUGACAUUGACCACCGCAGAUUCAAGCUACCUUUUUCAUUUUUUGUGUAUAUACAUACAUAAUUUAUAUGAUUCUAACAUACUCUUACAUCCAUACUUGAAUUGGUACUUCGGCAUGUUGCCUACGUUCAGUAGUUCUGAUCUAUUGGAAUGCCCUUUUCCUUAACAGUGAGAAGAUACAUUACUCUCAAUUGUUGCUGCUUAAUUUGACUUAAUACCUGCAGUAUCCAGCUUCUCCCUGUGGAAGCAUUGCCCGUAGCGAUCAGUGUUAAGGAUGAGGCAUUUUGACUUUGGUUUUAUAUAUAAUUUGCUUGAAUAUUGCAAAAAUCCAACAAUAGUCCUACAGAUAGCACCUUCCAUUCUGUUUUGUGCAGCUUCCACUAGACACACAGAAAACGAGAAGGGGGAACAACCCGGAGUCAUACACUGGAUGCCUUCCAAUGUAGUGAUCAGCUGCCCCCAAGAGAGUGUCUGUUAAGCCUGUGAUUUUUUUUUUAUCAAGCCCAAGGGGCGAUAAAAGCAGGCAGCACCUUCCACUUGCUGGCUAGGUGGCAAGAAGACAAUUGUAAGAUAAAUGGUCUUGCAUCCAGAAAAACCAGAUUUGACUGUCAAAAAAGAAUAGAAAGCUGUGCUCUGAUGUCAUGAUUGCCCCUUGAAAGGACUGCAUGUGGUAUUUCUGCAGAGACAUGUACCCCCAAAUAAAAUUAUGUCCCAGCCAGAACAGUUCCUGACUUUUGGGAAGCUGAAAUUCAAGCUCUGGAAGUGAUGCCAGCCGACCCCACCUUCUGUGGGAACUGUAUCUUUGGUUCUGGGCUCCAAGUGAGGCCGCCUUCCACCUGCCCAAGGAGCCGCAAAAAAAGGCCACAAGGGGAACCAGCAGGAGCUGAGCUUAGCCUGGCUGCCUUUAAUCAGUCCCUGAAAGAUUUUGCUGAAUGAGAUUUGUGUGUGUGUCAGAAUUGAAAGCAAUUUAGUAUGUGAGAAUGAGGAAUUCUGGCUCACCAAAAUAGAAUAAUACAAUUGUUGAGAAAAAGUCACUUCUAUCUGUCUGACUUGCUUCCCAUCCCUUUGAAAGACAGAGCUCAGCGCCCUUGAGAAUAUGCAAGGAAACCACUGGCCAAUUAGCCUGGCUAAGAUGCCUUCGUGAGUAGAUUUCCAGAAGCAAAUCCCAGGUGAUGUAUUCCCAUAGAUGAUAUUUUUUUCCAGUUUAUGUCAAUUUACUGCAACAGGAAACACACACACACACACUCUCACACACUGAUUCAGAGUGGCUAGGCUACAACUCUUGAGUAUUUUUCUAGUCCAAAGUUUUUUAUUAUUAACACUUGGUGCUGUCAGGUCAUGGAUGCUGUAACUUUCAACAUUUCCCUGUUUUGGUUAAACUGUUUGCAAAAAGGGCUACAGUUCACACUGCAGAAUAAGUAUUAAGCUUUCUGGGUUCCCCCACGCACACCCCCAACUGUGGCCCAAAAGAAUUAAAAUCUUUUAAUAUAAAUAGAAAACAUAUUUAUCAUUCCUUGAUAGUUAAUUAUAAAGUUUGGUACCUUUGAGCCUCAGGGAAGCCACGUGAUGUAACUGGUUAUAGAAUUUCAGGGUUAGGAUUUAAAGAAAGGAGAAAGCCAUUGGAAAAAUGAUGGGCUCCAUGAAGGAGACUAAUGAAUUUGGAUGCAGAAAUAUGCCAGGAAGUGGCAUAAACAUGAUUGUAGUAGGAUUUAUUUUCCAAUACCAAUAGGGAAAUUAUUUCUUAAGUUAUUAAAUAACUUAGACCACAUUAGGACAGUUGAGAAUGCCUUUUUUUUUUAUCUUUUUUUUUUGCAUGAAUAGAAAAACCUCCAUUCUCUGAGAGCUCAGUGUUGUUAUUUGGGCAUUUUUGAGAUUUUUAGGAGCACAUUCUUUUUUGUCUCAAGUGUAAUCCAGGUUUAGAAUUGUAACUUGCAAUUGUAUGAUGUUGCUCAGCUCUUCUUUUUUUAAGCCACUCUUGCUUUGGAUGUGUGCGAAGGGGCAGGUGGCCACACAGUCCUCCAACAGAGCUGGGUGAAAAGAGGACAUCCCUAUACAGUCCUGCCUCCUGGAGGUGGCAUCCCUGAGAGACACGCCAUGGUCCGUCCCGUGGCGCAGCCCUGCUGGGCCAAAGCACCCAGCUCUUCCUCCAGUGCUGGAAGUCAGCUCAGCUGUGUGAUCCAAAACCCUGUGCAACAACUCCAGGGCCUUCUGCAAAGAAUGUAAACCAGACUGAAGCAAAGAAACGAAACAGGUUCAUUAUACUCUUUUUCGUAAGACUCACAUCCUUACAAGUUAAGUGUUUGCCCUCAUGAGGAGUCUCCAGAGAAAGACGGGGGGGAGGGGAUAAAAAACAACUAUUUUUCCAGUUCUACUUUACUGUUUCUAAACAUGUUUCUAAGCAAAAGUGAACUCAGUGAAAGGGAAAUUCCUGCUUUUUAGCUGAAAUGACAGAUUGCUUCUCUUCUAGUCUGCACGUUCAGUGGGGUCAUAGUCACCAUGUAUAGUGUUACGGAGAGUUGAAUUUUAUGGAUAUAUUUGUAAAAUUGUUCUUUUAUAUUCCAUGUCAAAUUGAAAAGUUUAUUUCUUCACUAUUGUACCUGUGGAAAUACAAGCCAUUUUACAGGGGGAAAAAAAUCUUGGAAAACUAUUAAAUGGAUCU